GCGUAAGACUGGCAACCACUGACCUAGGGAUUUCGCCGAGCAGCGUUGGCAGUCGAACACCGUUUGCUUGCCAGCCGGACCGGUCGAACGCGAGCCAGCGAAGACUUAUACUGUGUGUGGAUUCUGCGGAGCGGACUGUGGAGGAGGCGAGUAGAGGCAAGGUUCGCAAGCCUCGAUCAGCAUAGUAAACAAAAGAUGCGACUCAAGGCUUCUUGAACGUACCGUUGGGAAGAGUGAGUUUCUUUCUCGUCGGGCCAAAAUCAGGCAUCCACGCCACCCUGGAUUUAUUUCAUGGGGUACCUGGGUAAUGAGACUUUAACUAGAGAACCUUAUGUCUCGGAUAUCUGAGGGUUCCCUAAAAAAAUUUUCAAUCAAAUCAGGGAGAUGUCCUUGAAUCUGAAAAUGGAACCUCCAAAAAAUGACAUAAAAGUUCAGGUCAACCCUUUCGAAAACACGACAAAACUCAUCGAGUGGAACGUAGACAUGAACGUUGUGCUCUCAGGUUCAAAAAAAAGAAAAUUCAUUAAGAGGAUAAGAAACCUUCUGGUUUGUCUUGUAAUGGUCGUAUUUGCUGUCGUGAUCUCCUAUCUCAAAGGAGAAAUACAAACCUUACAAGUUCAGAUCAGUGACAUAAAUACAAACCUUGUGAUACUAAUGUUGAAGUACGAUAAGCUAGAUAAGAAUUAUAAUUUUCUCCAACGAUCAUACGAUAAGUUCCAACUGAACAUGAACACGAGGAACUUGAAGAAAUUUUCGAAAAAGGAUUUCAGUUCUCAAACAGUGCAGGUCGCUGAAAAUCGUCCCAAGGAUGAUGCCGAGGGCGUAAAUCUGAAAUCUGACAAUAUUGAGAGAAUUUUAAGCUCUGCCGAUUAUUUUAGAAAUGAAACGGUGGAUCCUGAUGAUAAGGAGGAGCGCAUUUCCCAAAGUUUUAAUAGCGAAAGUCAGAGGUUUAGAGGCAGAAAAGAGAUUUCGAGAUCUCGAAGGUCCAUCGUGAUGUUUGAAAAAAGAAACUUAACAGAUGUGGCUGAUUCGUGGCUCGAGGAGAGCGACGAGAAUGACGAUGAUGACUGGGAGAGCAGCGAGUAUAGAGCGGCUAGAGCGAGAAGAGAUGAUGGCAGAGGUAAAAAGGAGAAAAAGAAAAAAAACAAAAGGAGGCCCAAACGCAGUCGCAGGCGAUUGGGACCUUUGAUAGCAACUUUUGUUGGGGCUCAACCCGAACAACACGUGACUGACUCAGGUAUUUACAUCGGACCCUGGGUGAAAAGUUCCAGAAACGAAUCGCGCUACAAUUUCAAUAAAUUUCAUCUAGUCGAGGAUAAGAAGUCUAUAGAAGUUACCACUAAUGGCCUUUACAUGAUCUCAACACAGAUAUUUUACUUUGGAGAAUCCACUCAUUAUUCCUACUGGAUUCUUUUAAGUUCUGAAGGUGCAUCUCUGACGCAAAAACUCGCAAAGUGUGCGACAGUUUCUGCUGUAACUGAUACGGAAGUUUCAUGCCAUACGAGUAUAAUAAUUCCCCUAAAAAGGGGCGACCGGGUUCGUGUUCAACAGCAAGAACGUAACAGAUUAAUAAAUCUUCGAGAAGGGCACAGUUACAUUCAAAUCGCCCUUUUGACUAGUGAUAACAAAAAAAGAAGAAUAUCCUAAAGUACCUUUGGGAAAUCUGUUUUUUUUUCUAAUUUUUUUUUUCGAAAAUCAUUCGUUACUUACACAUUCAACGAUCAUACUGUUAAAUUAAGGACGUCAUAAAACAUUGUGAUAAUUUUUCUACGUCUUAUUUUCUCAUACGUUCAAAUUUUUUCACGUUGAACGAUUACAAUUUAUAAUUCCUUUUUUUUUUUAUACGACAAAGUGAUUCAAACUGCCAAACGAAGUUUUUCUGCGUCAGAUCUUGUUUAAGAUUUAAUUUCUAUUGAUAAAAA